AUGACGAUCCGCGAGGAACUUGUGGCCUCUGCAGCCCAGUUCCUUCAAGACCCCAGCGUCGCAUCAUCUCCAGUCGAGAACCGUGUGGCCUUUCUCAAGGCGAAGAACCUGACCGAGGAGGAAGUCCAUGCCGCCCUCUCUCGUGCCGGACCCGAGCCCGGACCCGCCCCCUCAUACGCCGCACCGCCUCCCGGCGCAGUACCCGGGCAGCAACCGGCAUAUUAUGGAGGAUACCCGCCUUAUGGAUGGCAGCAACCACCCCCUCCGGUACCCAGGAGGGACUGGAGAGACUGGUUCAUCAUGGCUACGGUGGUCGGAGGUGUAGGCUACGGACUGUACGCUCUAGGCAAGCGCUACGUCUACCCUCUGGUCGCUCCACCGACACCAGAACGUCUCGAGUCCGAUAAGAAGUCAAUUGAUGAGCAGUUUGAGAAGGCUUUCGUGCUCGUGGAACAGCUAUCCAAGGACACCGAAGAGCUCAAGGCCGCGGAGGAGCAGCGGAACGAAAAGCUGAACAAUGCGCUUUACGAACUCGAGACUGUAAUUAGUGACCUCAAGUCCUCCAACAGAAGGAGGGAAGACGAGGCGCAACGCAUCCGGGAUGAUGUCCAUGGCCUCAAAGACUCUGUCCCCAAGGCCCUAGACGCGCAGAAGAGCCUGACCGACACCAGGCUCCAAGAGAUUAACUCAGAAUUGAAGAGUCUCAAGACCAUUAUCAGCCAGCGGAUGACCAACCAGCAACCGUCGUCCUCGACCAACGCCAUCUUCAACCGUCCAUCGGUGCCCGCCCCUGCCGCUACAACAGCCCAGGUGCCAGCAGCAUCCAGCUCAAAUGGGACGACUAAUGGGCAUGCUGGAACCGAGGAAACACCCAAGUCGAGCAGUGGACCAUCCGUCCAGGAUUACGCGGCGAGCACGGGGCGGAGCUCGCCCUUCAGCAGUGGCAUUUCAGCAGCCACGGUGAAGAUACCAGAGUGGCAGAGAGCCAUGGCGACGAAGAAGAGUAGCAGUUCUGCCUUAAAUGGCGCUGCGGACGGAGGCAGCGGCUCACAGCCGGAGUCGAGCGGUAGCAGCUCAUGA